UCGCGCACUCAGUUGUAUCCAAAUAUCUCGAGCACUUGUAAUGUAAAAUGACUUCCAAGAGCAUUAAUAUUUUAGUAAAAGAGUAUCUACAUCGAGGUCCCCUCAAUGUUACUAAAGUACAACUUCGUAAUUUUAGUGACAAAGGUAUCAAGCAAACAAGCCUGUACAAUUUGCAUAAAAAAUAUAAUGGAAAAUUGGUCGAUUUCGCCGGGUUUUACUUACCUGUGCAAUAUGCAGACAUGAGUGUAUCGGCGUCUCAUCUCUUUACGAGGAAAAGUGCUUCAAUUUUUGAUGUUUCGCACAUGCUUCAGACAAACGUUCGAGGUAAGGACUGUAUUUCAUGGUUUGAGUCGAUAUGUCCCGUGGACUUAAAAGGAAUGGCACCUGGAACUAGCUCUUUGACCGUGUUUUUAAAUGAAAAAGGAGGAAUAAUUGAUGAUCUUAUAGUCACAAAAGUAAUGGAUAACCAGCUUUAUAUCGUCUCCAAUGCAGGACGGUUGGAAGUCGACAAACAGCACAUGUUACAAACGUCGGAAAUAUACCGCAAAAAAGGUAAAGAUGUCACUAUCAAUUUUUGGGAUGUUACUGAAAGAGCUCUAAUUGCAGUGCAGGGACCGAUGGCGGCGUGUAAUUUACAACCCCUGACGGACAUUCCUUUAGCAGAUUUAAUGUUUAUGAAUUCAAGAAUUGGUAAAGUAGCUGGUGUUGAAAGUCGUGUGACUCGUUGUGGCUACACAGGUGAGGAUGGGUUCGAGAUAUCUAUACCCGCAGAUAAGGCGGAGAAUGUAGUAGAGGCGUUAUUACAAUCUCCGGAGGUAAAGCUAGCUGGUCUCGGAGCAAGGGACUCGCUCCGAUUAGAAGCAGGAUUAUGCUUAUAUGGAAAUGAUAUCGAUGAGUCUAUUACCCCGGUAGAAGCCAGUUUGACGUGGUUGAUUGCAAAAACACGUAGAAAUGAGAAUAAUUUCCCGGGCGCGGAUAUUAUUUUGAGGCAAAUAAAGGAGGGAGUUAGUAAAAGAAGAAUAGGGGUAAGAAUAGAGAGUGGAGCGCCAGCGCGGAAAGAUGCCGUACUUAAGAGUGUACAAGGAGUUGACAUAGGUAAGAUUACAAGCGGCUGUCCAAGUCCGUCGCUAGGAGGAAAUGUUGCUAUGGGCUAUGUUACAGAGGAAUUUAAGAAAAUUGGCACCGAAUUACUCAUUAACAUACGUGGAAAGGAUGUAAAGAGUAAAGUUACAAAAAUGCCGUUUGUGCCAGCCAAAUAUUAUGUAAAAAAAUAAAACAUCAAAAAGUUAAAUUAAA